AUGGAUGAACGGGAUCACGUGAGAGAUCAGAGCGAUGUGAAUGAAAGACACAAUAAUUCAUCACCUAAUCACGUGGACAUACCUCCACAACCACGUGAUUCACAUCUCAGUCCCAAAGUGAAACACACGAUAAACGAACUACGCGACAGAACGCGAUUGUCACGUGAUAACAUACGAUCACGUGAGGCAUCAAGGCCACAUUUCCCAGGAAACUCACCCGGGAGCUACGAAUUCCCCUCACGUGAUCGCAAACACAGCUCACACGAUGUUCCAUCUCUGCUUACUACGAUAUCAGCCCUUGAAGCGCGAUUAACUGGCAAAGAUGCAGAGAUUGGUCAUCUUAAAACCGAGUUAACCAAAGCCCAUGAAAUCAUCGAAACGCUACGGGCCCAAAAAAGUGGGACUCCUGUUGGUCACGUGACCCUGGAGGACCACAACAGCCAGCUGGCUGCAUCUGCCAAGCAGCUUCAUGAAAUUUACGGACAAAAGGUUAUGAGCAAGGUGCAAAAGUACCGUUCGCGCAAGCAGAGUCAGGUGAAGUCGUUGAAAGAUCGUAUUUCUUCGUUGGAAUCCGCUCUUCGUGACAGUAGGAGGGAGAACAGUGAACUAGUGGCUGCUGUCGAUGAGUACAUUGAUGUCAGUAAGACCUGUGAUGACGGGUAG